AUUAAGUAAGUUGACGUCUCUCCGGGUGUAAGGUGGGAAAGAGGAUAAUACCGUGAAAAAUGCGGCAGGUCUGCUGCACAUUGAUUUCUGAAAACCCUAACAAACAAAUGUAAGAAAGCUCCAACGCCACCAUCGGAUGCAUCGACGCCACCAUGGCGGACCAUCUUCCGUCGGAAGUAAUCACCGACAUACUCUGCCGUGUUCCGGCGAACUCCCUCCUCCGCUUCCGCUCCAUUUCCAAGUGGUGGCGCUCACUCAUCGACAGCACCCACUUCAUCUUCCUCCACCUCCACAAAACCACCUACUCCUUCCUCAUCCUCCGCCAGCACUCCCAUCUCUACCGCAUCGACCUCGAUUCCCCUAACCAAGCCGUCGAAAUCGACCACCCGCUCAUGUGCUACAGCAACCGCAUCAAGAUCCUCGGUUCCUGCAACGGCCUCCUCUGCAUCUGCAACAUCGCCGAUGACAUCGCGUUGUGGAACCCUACUCUUCGAAAGCACCGGAUUCUCCCCUCUGAGCCCCUCAACCGGAACAAAACCCCGGAGGAAAACAUCAACAACAACACCACCUUCUGCGCCGCCCAUGUCCACGGAUUCGGAUACGAUUCCUUCUCCGGCGACUACAAACUGGUAAGCAUUUCCUACUUUGUUGACCUUCAGCGGGGCACCUUCGAUUCCAAGGUCAAGCUCUUCAGCCUCCGAAUGGACUCGUGGAAGAGCCUCCCGAGCUUGCCCUACGCUCUCUGCUGCGCGAGGACCAUGGGCGUUUUCGUCGGUGGCGCGUUACACUGGGUUGUGACCCGGAAACUCGAACCGGAUCAGCCCGAUUUGGUGGUUGCGUUUGACCUGAGAUUGGAGAGUUUUAAGGAAGUGGAGCUGCCGGAGACGGUGAAGGGGAAUUUCGACAUGAAUGUUGCGUUGUUGGGAGGGUGUCUUUCCGUGACUGAGAAUCGCGGGGUGACGGAAAUGGGAAUGGGUGGAUUUGAUGUUUGGGUUUUGAAGGUGUAUGGGUCUAGAGAUUCAUGGUGUAAACUGUUAACGGUGGCGCAACUGUGUGAGGUGAAGAAUUUGAGGCCUUUGGCUUAUUCUAGAAAUGGGGAUGGGGAUAAGGUGCUGAUGGAACAGGAUCGUAGCAAGCUUUGUUGGUAUGACCUGAAAAAUGGAGAUGUGAGUUGUGCUAGAAUAUCAGGAUUGCCUAGCCUCAUUGAAGGCAUCGUUUGUGUGGGGAGCCUUGUCCCACCAAAGUUACUGAGUCCGACGAGUGACGAUAGCCGCAGUGAGCUGCAUAGAUUGGGACAUGGAAGUACUAGGAAGAGAAGAGAUGACUUCCUGUCCAAAGGAUUCAAACUAACUUUGUAAACAAGCACAAGGAGAGAGGGCUGAAAUUGGUUUAUCUUGUGAACGGAUGCAGUCAUGAGUUAUUUCUUGUGCUGAAGUUAGUACCUUUGACUCAAGGGGAGGAGUUUGAAGGAUCAGUAACAAAGCCACACUCUUUAUUGUCAAUUUUGUGUACCCCCCCUCCCGGGGGUUCUUCCUUGAUUCUGCACCUUUUGUUUUCUCAGGGUUGAAGGGGAACGAAAGAUACUUGAGAUCACAUGCAUAUAUUCAAGAUCAAGAAACAAUGAAUGAAAAACAGAUACCACACUAGAUAAGUCCAGCAAUUGGCAGUAGGACCACCUAGACAGACAUCUGUAAGCUCAGCUCCAUUAGGAAAAACAGUCUCUUGUGUUGUUGUAAUAAAUUGAAAAUGUUGAAACUUUUGGUUGGCCUCACCGGGUGUUUUCUUUGGUAAUAGCCAUCCUUGUACAAGCCACAGUGAUACACAUAAAUCUCAGUUACAUUGUAAAUUAAUGUUUUUGAGUGUUUGGAAACUUGUUAGGUUUACACCAUUACAGCAGCAACGAUCCUGCGAGAAGCUACCGGGAGUAGCUUUUGUAAGAGGGAGAAGUGAUUAUGAAAGGUGUAAACAUGCUAUUUGUCUGUUGAAAGAAAGUAAGUUUCUUA